AUGAAGAACAACGACACGUCGCCACCAAAAAAUACGGGCGAGCCGAAACCUCAAAUCGAACUUCCAAAAGGAAAACCAUUGGAGGAGAAAGAGGCCGUUGAGCAGUGGCUUGCUAAUUCAUUUCCGCCUACUCCUGGACAAGAUGAGGAAUUUGAAGAAUUA